AUGCCACGGGGUUGGGGACAGGAUAAGGCGGCUGCAAGAGCGCCAAAGCGCCUAGCAAGCCGCUAUUACCAGUUGAAGACCGGACAUGCGCCUAUAGGCGCGUACUUGCACCGGAUCCAGGCCCGGGACUCCCCGGAGUGCAAGGCCUGUGGAGCACUGCGUGAGACGGUCUCCCACAUUCUAUUUGAAUGCCGGGGGCGUCACAAAGCCCGGAGGGAGCUGUAUAGGGGCCUGGCUAAAGCGGGAGUCCCCUUGCCUACAGCGGCGGAGGAUAACCCGGAGGCACGUCUUCUUAGUGAGCCCAAGGCCACUAUAGCGCUACUUCAAUUCGUGGGCAGCGCUGACCUGUUUGGGGAUAAGGAGCUACGGCGGACUAAAUGCGGAUUUCACCACUUAAUUCAAAUUUCCAUUUUGCCGAAAAUAGAGUUUGUAUUAUCCGUAACACUUUUUGAUAAGUUGGUUGUGAAAGAUAUCCUUGAUGAGAGUCAAGAACUCCAGGAUCUUAGUAAGGACAGAGAUGGAGCCGCCGAAGAGGCUGGGCAUGGCUCUAAAAGCAAAUUUGAGCAUUCUGAGCAUGCUGGUGAUGGUGGUGGUGGUACUUGUGUUGCAGGAGCAGCGGCAGCAGCAAGUGAGGAGAAUCUUGAUGGUUGGAAGUGA